AUGCAUCAUAUACAACGUAAAUCCUCCAAUGAAACAUUGGCCAGUGUUGGCAUGGACAGUACAUUGGAUUCGCGUAUGUCCAGUGCCGAGGUACCACAAAUGGAAUUGCUGAAAGUAAAUUAUGUACAUCAAUGCAAGGAAGCGCUGAUGACAAAAACUGGAUCCAAACCAAAUUAUAGUUAUAUGGAAUAUAAGCGUAGCCUGCCACAAGUACAAUUAGUUUCAUCUCAGCAGCAGCAGCAACAACGUUCUAAAAAUGUGGCCCGAAUUUCUGUUGUCAAUCGUUAUGAGGCCCCAAAUAAGCCGCUACCACCCCUACCACCUCCAACUGUGGAAUCAUGGCAAUUUUUACAAAAUCCCACACCUCAGCGUACCACAAAUUCACCACCAAAAUUUGUUAAACCUCCCGGUUCCACAUCAUCCGCCUGUUCGGUAUUUUCAAAUGCUUCGUCCUCCACUACCAGCUGUUGUCAUUCCUCCUCAUGCAGUGCGAAUGGUGGAGGGGAUUGUGAUGCCGAUACUGGUUGUGAAUCGGAUAAUACUCUCAAUGGAGAUUGUGAAAAAUCGAAUAGUUGGGAUUAUCGUAAUCGCAUAUCCACCUGUGACAUACGGCGUGAUAUUGCCCGGGCUGGUAUAAAAUCUCGAGCAGAUCGCAUUGCACGCAUAGAGCUAACGGAGUGUGAACAUGCCGGGCCAAAAUCCAAGGAGGCAGUGGCCAAAAUUAAUAAAAUGCCGGCUCCAAUACCACACAAGGAACCAAAUCGAAGGCUAAAACCUGUCUCGGAAGAUCCGACAAGAUUUCGUCAAUCUUUAAGUAUUAAAAGUGCGGAAUGUUUGGAAUGUUUAAGCCAGCAGGAAAUGGGUAAAGAGGAUAAAUCAUGUUGUAAGGAGGGUGGUAAGGAGGAGAACCAUAAAAGUGCCGGACACAAGGAUAGGAAAGCCAUCUCCAGAAUACCCAAACCCAUAACAGAUGGCAGAAUUCGCCAAGAGGCUUUUCGUUAUGUGGAUAAUGAAAAAUCUCCGCCAGAAAAUUCUCUACCCAUAGAUCAAAAUCUCUUGAGAAAUACCCGUCUCCCGGCUGGACAAUAUACCAAGGCCAAAGUGGAAAGGGUACAUAUUCGCAAGAAACGUCAACCUCUACUGAUUAUUAAUCAAUUGAAUGAACCGAACAACGAGGGGGGAGAGGAGAAGCCGGAGAAGGAUAAAAAUACCUGUGGUUAUAAAAAUUGUAAUUUUAAAAAUUGUCCCAUGUCCCGCUCUCAACAUGAUCUGUCCACAAUGCACCAGCAGGAAGAUGACAAACUUAAACGUUUAUCCCUGGAAAGUAAUUCCGAUUCGGGGGUAUCCUCAUCCAAUGAUGAACAUAAGAAACCCGCAAACUCAUCAUCCGUCAACUCAAUGAAGGCAGCGGAUAAUUUAAAAAACCCUGAAAAGUGCUCGGAUAUAAAAAAGGCCGCCGGAAAAUCCGAGCACUUUGAUACGGAUUUUGGCUAUGAUAAAUAUAAAUUGAGUAAAAAUUUAGAGGAACCCAUUAAGCCCAAUAUCUCCUGCCACUCCUCGGGCACAUCACACAUUACCAUCCAAGUGGGUAAGACCUCGAUUACCUCCUUUUCGGGCCACUACAACAACAAUCUGGCGGAUCCCAAUGAUGUUACAAAUUUCGCCAAGAAGAAUCUGACCAAGGCCACCACAAAUGAGGCUCUCAAUAAUUCCAUAUCCUCUAAAUCCAACACAUCAUCCUGUUCAGGAGGUACCAUUUCAAAUACGCCCAAUCCGACCAAACAGUGCAACAUCGAAAAUGAACAGCGUUUGAAAAUUCAAAAUAAUUUACAAAAAAGUAAUCUAACCAAAAUUCGCAUCGAUGAUGAUUGGAUCAUGGAUCAUAGUAAUGAGCAUGCGGAUGAGGAUUUCAUCGAGGCCGAUUCGCUGAUGAUAACUGAAACUAUGAUGUCAACACCACCAUCAUCGGCUGCCCACAAAAAACCCUUGAACACUGGGGAUAAUUCUGUGAAAAUUUUUGUAAGAAGUUCGGGACAGAAUUCACAUGACCUAACCCGAUCAUCGUGUAUAUCGGCCCAUUCAUUUGUCUCCCAAACAUCGGUGUGUACACAAAACUCCUCAGCCCAUUCGACCUGUUCAUCGAGCAGUUGUUGUAGUUCUUCUGCCAGUUCGUCGGAUUCAUCAUCGGGUUGUUCAGCCACUUCGUCCCACAAUGGGGAUAAUCAAUCCCUAUGCGAUUCCGAACGGGAUUGUUGUUGUCAAUUUAACGAUACGAAUGGGAUAUUCUUCAAUCGUCCAUCCUCAUCGAUAUCCGAUGAUCAAAGAGCCUGUGCCGGAUCACCAUUGAGCAGUACCGAUGCCAUUAGUGAAAUAAGCAGUUGUGUAACCUGCUCCUCGGCCCAAAGCACGGUUGUGGUGGCUCCAAAUGCCAAUAACAACAACAACAAUUCGAAACAGUUGGCCUGUUGUCAAACGGAUAGUGGGGUAUUUUGGAAUAGCUCCUAUGGUUCACUGGAGGAUGGCCAACAGUUGGAGGAGGACGAGGAUGAAAAUGAUUUACCCUGCUAUUGUAGUAUGUCCAGUUGUGAUGAUGAUAAUUGUUCAUACUAUGAGGGGCAGCAGGGUGAUCGGGAGAGAUCAGAUAGCAGACAGCAGCAGCAGAAACAUCCGAAAAGGGAUAAUAUUAAAAUUGAAAUUAGUCACUCAUCAUAUCGUCACGAAGAAAAGCAGACACAACCCUCAGCGAAUCUAAGACAUCAUACAAAUCGACAUCAAUUACAGCUGCAGCAGCAACAACAUCAGCACCAACAACCUCCACAAUUACCCAAACGUAAUGUACGCAUGAGUACCGGCAAUCAAAUAUUGAGGAAGACUGAUGUUAUUCACGAAUUACGUCCUCGAUCCAUGGAUUGUGCCAUGGAUUCGGGUGUUUCAUUAAACGGUGACAAUGGUUGUAAUUCCGAUGCCGGUGAAAGUCAACAGGACAUGGAAGCCAGACGUUUGAAACGUGGCCAUGUACUAACCGAACUAUUGGAAACCGAACGUAUCUAUGUCAGCGAAAUGAGUUCAAUAUUAAAGGGUUAUUGUGACCAAAUGCAUUCGGAAGAGAUGAUGCAUCUGGUGCCGGCCAGUUUACAGGGCAAAGAAGACAUCCUCUUCGGUAAUCUUCAUGAGCUCUACACAUUUCACAAUGACGUAUUUCUCAAGGAUUUGGAGAAUUGUAUAUCCACGACAGAAUUGGUGGCAUUAUGUUUUGUACAAAGGCGUGAUACUUUUUAUCGUUUAUAUUCAUUCUACUGCCAAAAUAUCCCACGAUCAGAUCGUCUACGUGAAACACUGGUCGAUACACAUCUCUUCCUGCAAGAAUGCCAAAAACGUUUGGGCCACAAACUGCCCCUAGCCGCGUAUCUACUGAAGCCCGUUCAACGUAUAACCAAAUAUCAAUUGUUACUUAAGGAUCUGCUACGGUUCAGUGACAAUGGCAGUUGCACGAAAGAGCUGCAAAAGGCUCUGGACUGUAUGCUGAUUGUGCUGAAGUGUGUCAAUGACUCAAUGCAUCAAGUGGCUAUAACGGGAUUCCCGACCGAUUUAUCUCAACAAGGCGAAUUAUUGUUGCAAGAUUCAUUUCAAGUAUGGUCUGAAUCGAAAAAAGACAUUCGCCUGCGCAUAAAGCCCCAACAAAGACAUAUAUUUUUAUAUCAAAAAUCUAUGCUAUUUUGUAAGCAAACUUCGAAGCCGGGCCACAAUAAGAGCACCUAUCAGUUCAAGCAUUAUCUAAAGAUGUCUCAAAUCGGUCUAACCGAAUCCGUGCGCGGCGACACAAAACGUUUUGAAGUUUGGUUACAGGGCCGCCAAGAGGUACACACUCUGCAGGCGCCAACCUUGGAAAUCAAAAACAAAUGGGUGGCCGAAAUCAAAAAAGUCCUGCUAACCCAAUUGGAAGAGUUGAAAGGUGAGAAAAUCAAACAGUAUGGUCUAAAUCAUCGUGGCCUCAGACAGACAACAUCAUGGGAUACACCCAAUAUCUUGUUGGGUGGCCCCGGCCGUACCAUUAGUUGUGAUGCAUCGUCGGAAUCAUCGAAUCGUAACUCGAAUUGUAGUAGUAGUGAUGAUAAUUGUACAACAAUAAGUUUGGGCAGUGGUAAUACAAAUUCGGGAUCCGGAGCAGCAACAGCGGCAUCGGAUAAGGAACAUAAUAAUGAGGCAUGCGGUUGGAGUUCAGAUUAUUCGAAUAGUGAAGAUGAAAUGUCAACGGCCGAUGAUAAUAGCAGUACACCGGGAAGUAAAUAUGUAGCCUUAGCCGACUAUGUGGCCGUUGGCCAUUCGGAGGUAUCGAUGCGUGAAGGUGAUACGGUUGAACUGCUUAAGGUUGGCUGUGCCGGUUGGUGGUAUGUGCGAAUAUUAGAUACCAAUGCUGAAGGUUGGACCCCAGCCGCGUACCUGGAAUCGAUCAAUCGAAAAUCUUCUCGAUCAUCUAGCCGGAACCAAGAACGUUUAAAUUUACAUAAAAUGCAGGAAUAA